AUGGGAUGUGGUACAUCAUCUGCAAGUUAAUUAGAAACAAGAGGUUCAAUAUAUAUAUAUUAUGGUACUACAACUGGAAAUUCAAGUAGAUUAGCAUUUCAAUUUGGUAAUGUAGCAAGAAAUCUUAAAUUUAUUCCAAAAAGUAUGAUAAUUAUUUAAUUAAUAGUAAUCAAUCUAAGUGAAUUCAAUCCAAAAGAAUUAAUAUCAUGUAAAUUAAAUGUAUUUUUUGUUUCAACUUAUGGAAUGGGAUCAUGUACAGCUGAUACUGAAAGUUUUAAUUAAUGGAUAUUUUAAGAGGAAAGAAAUAAAAAUGAAUUUUAAGGAAUGAAUUAUUUAAUUUUUGCAUUAGGAAGCACAAAUCAUUAACAUUAUUGUGAAUUUGGAAUCAGACUUGAUAAAAGACUUGAAUAAUUAGGUGCUAAAAGAUUGUGUAAUUUGGGUAAAGGUGAUUCUGCAAAAGAUUAAACUGAAAAUGAUUAUUAAUAAUGGAUUAAUUCUGAAGUUGAAUAGACUUUAUAAUUAUUAUUUCCUUUAUACACUUGUGAAUAAGAUUAAUUAGAUGCUACAAAUAUUAAAAUUAAAAUAACCUAAGAACAAGAAAAUUAUUUAGGAGAUAAUCUAGAUUUUAUGGCUUAAAAAUAUAUUAAUAGUAUUACAUUUACAGUAAAUGAAAUAAAAGAAUUAAAAUUAAAACCUUGUAGAGGCAAUUCUACUUUAUUUUUAGAUCUUACUAAUUAAGAAAUUGAAUAUAGAACUGCUUAGAAUAUUGCAAUAUAUCCAUAAAACUCUGAGUAUAUAUUUAUAAUAAUUGAGUUUAGUUCUGAUAUUGAUGAAUUAUGUAGUUUACUUAAAUUAGAUAAAAAUAUCAGAUUUACUAUUAUUACUACUUAGAAAUAGCCAUUUCCAAAUCCAAUUUCAAUAUAUACAUAUUUAAAAAGGUAAUUGAAUGCUAUAUUACCAGAUAUUGUGAUUUCUCUGGAUUGAUUACGAAAAAAUAAUUAAUAGAACUUUCAAAUGUGAGAAAUUAAAAAGAUUAUUAAGAUGAAUUACUUCAUUUAGCAUCAUUUGAAGGAAGAGAUGAUUAUCAAAAAUUAUUUUAAAAUUAAAAAUAGAAUUUGUUAAAUCUAAUAAAAAAAUAUCGGAUAAACAAUUUAACAUUAGAAAAAUUAAUUGAAAUAUUUCCCUUAAUAUAACCAAGAUAUUUUACAAUAUCAUCAAGUAAUAAGAAAUAUGCAAAUAAUAUUCAUAUAAUGGCAAGUUAACUUGUAUUGAAUUAAGAGAGAUUAGGUUUAUGUAGUUCAUAUUUUAAAACUUUAAAAAAAGGAGAUUUAAUAAAAGGAUAUAUAUAACCUUCAAAAUUUAAAUUACCUAAGAAUUCAAAAGUACCUACAUUAUUAAUUGGAAUAGGAGCUGGAUUGGCACCACUUAGAGGAUUUAUAUAGGAAAGAGAUUAUUUUAUAUAAAAAAAUUAAUUUGAUAAUUGUCCAUUUUAAGGAGAAAUGAAAUUAUUUUAUGGAUGUAGAACUGAAGCUGAAUAUUUAUUUAAGGAUGAACUUUAAGAAUAUUUAAAUUAAGGAAGUUUAAGUGAAUUAAAAAUAGCAUAUUCAAGAAAAGAUCCAAAAUAAUAUGUCACAGAAUUAAUAACAAUAGAUCAAUUAUAUUAACAUUUUAAUAUGGAUGGAAUAUUAUAUAUUUGUGGAUCUACUGAUUUAGGAAGAGACAUUUAAAUGAAAAUAUCUGAUAUGUUAGAAAAUUAUGAGAAUAGUGAUCCUUAUUAAACUGAUUAAAAAAUAAAUGAACUUGAAGAGAAUUCAUAAAUAAUUACAGAAUUUUGGGGAUGA